AAUUAAGAAGGACUAGCUACAAUAUUAUAAUUUAUUAUGUUAAUAUAAAAGUUAUUAAGUACCAAAAAAAGUAAGGUAGAAUUUAAUUCCUUUCCACCUCUCAACAAGAAGUGGCAUGAGGGUAGCAACCCUUUAGAAGAGACAAGUUCUUCUUUUCUCAAUCUUAUUAUUUAUUUCAACUACUUUAAAUAUCCAUCUCUUAACUCAAGCUAUCUCUCUCUUUGUCUCCCUCUUUUGGUUUCUGUUUCAUUUCUUUUAUACAUAGAAAUGGAAUAAGGGAGGUACAUAAGAAAAUGACUCAGUGUAGUUACCCUGAAAAUAAUCAUAGUACUAUCCUUAUGGAGAGACGCAAAGAUAGCUUAAUCAGAACUUGUCCUACAUGUGGUCAUCAUAUCAAAUGCCAAGAUCAGGGUGCUGGAAUUCAUGAGUUACCUGGACUACCUGCUGGGGUGAAGUUUGAUCCAACUGAUCAAGAGAUUCUUGAACAUUUGGAAGCAAAAGUGAGGUCUGAUAUUCAAAUGCUUCAUCCUUUAAUUGAUGAAUUCAUCCCUACUCUUGAAGGAGAGAAUGGAAUCUGCUGUACUCAUCCAGAGAAGUUACCAGGAGUCGGCAAAGAUGGACUGAUCCGACAUUUCUUUCACAGGCCAUCAAAAGCAUACACAACAGGAACAAGAAAAAGAAGAAAAGUGCACACAGAUGCUGAUGGAAGUGAGACAAGAUGGCACAAAACAGGUAAAACAAGGCCAGUUUUCGUGAGUGGCAAGUUAAAAGGGUAUAAGAAAAUUCUUGUGCUUUACACUAACUACAGAAAGCAAAGAAAGCCAGAGAAAACAAAUUGGGUUAUGCACCAAUACCAUCUUGGAAACAAUGAAGAGGAGAAAGAAGGGGAAUUGGUAGUUUCCAAAGUUUUCUACCAAACACAGCCUAGACAAUGUGGUGGUUCAUUGAUGAAAGACUCGGCAUCAUUUUCUGAUAAAAAACUAAAUGGUGAUCAAGGUGUGCAUGAGGUGGUUAAUCAUAAAACCAGUGGAUUUGUUGAAUACUAUAGUACUUCUUUCAUAUCUUUUGAUCAAGGGGAACAACAUAGAUCAAACAAUGCUCAAGUGAUUUCACAUUUUCCUGUCCAUGAUGGUACUUCUUUCAUUCCUUGAAAGAAAAUAUUGUGAUGCAUGGAUCCUUAAUUACAAUUUGAAGAAAUAAGUUAAUAACAAACAGUAGUUUAAGAGGGGAAAAGUAACUGCUUCAUCUGAAAACUAAUGGUGAGGGAUAAGUAAGGAAAAAAUUAUACAUUAUAUAUAUAUAUUUGAUUGUAAGUUGUAACUUUGUUUACUUUUUUGCUUUUUCAAUUUUUGAAGUGUAGCUGGUCUCAUGCUUUGUACAAUGACACCAAAACAUACAUAACAAAGGCUUGAUGCCUUUAUACUUGGGUAAAUAUUAACUAUCAAACUGUAUACAAACAUGACUUUUACCUUAAGCAGUCUUGAACUA